CCCGCGACAUUUAACCAUUCAACUUAGGCCAGUGAACUCACGAGUAAACAUCUCUCUGCAGAAGGGACAGAGAAUCAACCUGAACAAUGCUCAAAAAGAAAUCAAGUGCCAGUGAGAAGAAACGGAAACACUCGCAGCCUGAAGAGCGACACGACGGAAAUAAACGCAGAAGUGCAUCAUCCAAUUUAGAGCAGGACUCCAAAGAUGAACUCGCUGACGCAGAGCUGGACAGGGUUGGCAGUGACAUUGAGGAAGGAGGACUUGACCUCAGCAUGCCCUUCAAGCCGAUCACUGCUUAUGUCAUUAACAAGCGGGAGAUGCUGGAGCAGUGCCUCCGUGUGCUGGGGGAGAAGAAGCUCCGGAAAAUGCUGCCCGACGAACUCAAGGACUGUAGUUUAGAGGAAAUCCAAAAGCUGUGCUGGGAGCAACUGGAGCUGAUCUCGGAGAAGAAUCUUGCGCAGAUCUUAGCAGGGGAAGAACUGACAUCUGGGAAUAACGACGAAAUAAUAGAACAGACCUCGGAAAGCCAGCAAGACAAUAAUGUGGACUCUACAUCUUGCCUCAAAGAAACUGUAAAGGCUGAGGACCCGAAGCAAGAGGGUGUUGGUUCCGGCGAAGAGAGUGACGUCCUAAGCAUAAACGCAGACACUUACGAUAGCGACAUAGAGGGACCCAAAGACGAACCGACUGUUAAAUCUGUGGACGGGGCAGUGAAGGUAGCCGACAGCAGCAGGGAAGGCGCCGACCCAGUUGUAAACCCAGGCCCGGCAAAUCCUGAGCCUCCCACAGGCUCUCAACCAACGGAAGCAAAGAAAGACACCCAAAGCGACAUCGACAAAAGUGUCAGUGAGAUUUUAGCUAUUUCCUCUUCAGGCAAAGCGGAAGCUCACGAACAGAGUGUGCCGAGUGUCCCGCCACAGUCCACCGAGGUUAGUGCACCGGUUCAAGGCGGCCCGGUUUCCAGUCGUGCACCUGCAGCAAGUCAGCCGUCGAUACAGCAGCUGGAGCUUCUGGAGUUAGAAAUGAGGGCGAGGGCCAUCAAGGCCCUGAUGAAAGCAAGUGAUGGGAAAAAGCCUUGCGUCGCAAAGAAUGUGUAGCGUGCCUUAUUUGUUGCUGGCUGAGAAAUAGUUGUUUAGCAUCUGACUGAUCUUCUCUUUUAAACCCCUGCUUUAUCGAGCGUACCUUUUCAAACAUGUUUGCGCCAUAUUAGAAUAGAUUGUCCAACAUCGACUGAGUCAAUGUCUUCUGGCAUGAUUAAGGCAUUGGUGUCUGCAGGUGUGUUUUUGUCUCUGGUCACUAGGUGGCAGUGGUAACCUGCCGUGGCACGGUCAUGUCCGACGAGCAGAGGAGAGCAGGAGAUGAUUUAUCUGCUCGCAUUCCAGUCAAAAUGGAAAGACGGCCUACAAGUUGAGUUUUCUUAGUUGCGAUGUCAAUUAGUUAUACAGUUACAGUAACAUUUGAUCAAUGUUAAGGAUGUGAGAAUAUGAGAAAUGCUAUUUGUGCGUUGGCUUGGCCUUGCCAGCAAAACAAAGGUGUUGUGCUGUCAUUGAUAGUAGGAAGACACACCUGCAGGGUUUCUUCACUGAACACUUGUUUGACUCGUCGGGUUGAAGUGUGCAUAGUCAGCGCAUGCACUGCAGCUCUCUUUCAUAUUUGCAUUUUCUAAAUUUCGAGGGUGGUUCCAGAUAAUAAGGCAAAGACAACAGGAACUAGUUCCCAUAAACCUCAAAAAAUUUAAUAAAUCCAAGCUAAAUCCCUUCCUAUACAUCCACAUACAGCAGCUGCCAGAGUUACUUUGAUGUAUUAGUAUGUAGCAGCAGCAUUUAUUCUGCCGCUGCUUUGUUCUAGUAUACACUGUAAUGCUCCUCUGUAUGCAAUUACAUGCAGAUGCGGAGCAAAAUGGCUCGGUGCCCCACAGGAGACAAUCGCACGUCUGAUAAGAAGCCAAUUGGAGGACUGAGGGUGCAGGGGUUAAAUUAGUCACGAUUCUUCUAUGCACAGCAGUCUUUGUACUCAUUAUUGCUCGUAGUGUCUAUAAUUGUUGACUUUAUUCUAUAAAAUAAAAAAAAAUGUAUCCAUGUUA